AUGGAGCUCGAUCUGGAGUUGGAUGUUAUCGAGCACGAACCGACCGUGCUUGAGUAUGCGCGGUUCCACGGCCUUUGCAGCGAUUUCACUAAAGAGCUACCAUCAUACUACAACAAUUUCUCUCUUUCAGAUGAGACUUUAUAUCUGGACCUUUGGGAUCCAAACGAUUCUCCUUCACUCACAAACCCCGCAGACGAACUAACGAAGGAACGACUUGCAGUGAGCAAGGAAGCUGCGAUGCUACUUAAAUCUGUGCACUCUCUAACACAAGAGCCGCCUAGCUUGCUGCGGAUACCGGACAGGAGAAGACGGAUUCUUAGCCUUAAACAAGAGCUCCCGAUUCUUCGAACUGACAACGAACUAGACAUACUCGCGUUCGGUGGCACGGUGGAGCCGAGCUUUACUGAUCUGAAGAUACCACUUGAAGCGAUCGAUGAAGAGAACGACGAAGGUCUGGAUUGGCCCUCAGAUUACGCCGGCUAUCCCAAACAGUGUGAUGAGCGGGCGAAGAACGAGAAACUAGGAGUGUCGAGGGAAACCCUGCUGUAUCUUCAAGACGCAGUCAGAAACUCCCAUUCACCCGAGGACUCCGAAUUGAUCAAGAGAGAGGGCUUGCUCUAUCGGAAGAACACUGCGAUUCGACCAGUCACACCACCAUUGCUUCCACUAACACCACCCUUGACCCCAUACAUACCUUCUUCACCUGGAAACCACUUAAAGCUUAUCUCGGAUGAUUCAAAUUCAACUGCUGCAGAGGCAAAAGCCCUCGAAGAGCAGAUCAUGGCGGCAGAUGCUUUUGUGCAACACAACUCUGAUGGAAGCGAUGAAAUGCUAUUGGACAUGCUCAAUGCCGGCGAGUAUGAUCCGGGGCUGGAUGACAUCAACUCGCCUUCCACGAAACGGAAGGCAUCAGAGUUGAAGAUCGAGGGGCCUCUCACACCACUCAUGUUCUCUGAAUCACCAGCAAAGAAACUGAAGACAGUCGCUUUCGCCGAGAUGCUUGUUGAGUACAUUCCUGAUCUUUCCUCGAGAUGCAUAGACGAGAACGGUCACGAUCAGGUCUAUGAUCAUGCCCAUGGGUAUGACUCUGAACUUCCUUCCAACUAUGAGAAUGGCAACGAUAUACUUUGUCCAGAGGAUGACUACGCUUUCCUCAAAGAUGUUUUAGAACCUGCCGCGAAAGACGCGAACUGGAGGGUCGAGAAUGAGCAACUCUCAGAAGCGGAUACAACCAAAAGAGUGCCCGUUCCGCGCGUCGACUUUACGUUGCCAGUUGCGCCUUGGGAUGAAUUCACUCGCAAGGGUGGACUCAAUGCAUACGAGACAGAGAUUGAUGCACAGGCUCGUUUCCUGCUGUGGGUGAAACGUAACCACAUGCAAACGGCAUCGUCUUGGCAUGGUGUAUCGGAGCUCGAACGAACGCUUCCUUUGGCGCCUUUCUCGCAUGAGGCAGCAAAGGUCUCAGUUGAAGAGAAGCUUCAUGGUGAAGAUACACUGACUAAGAUGCUUGCCGACUUGAUCGUGGGUGAGGUUUGCACAAGCUCUACUGACCUAUGGAAGAGGGAUGGCCUGCGUAUCCUUGAAGCUGAGGAACCAGACGAAGAGAUGCUAGAGCCUGCCGACACAGGCGAGCGCAAGGAUAUGAGUUCUUUGAUCAGGAAACGACAGCUUGACAUGCAAGAACCUGCCAGCGAUCAUGAUAUCGCGCCUCGAAAGAAACCGUCGAAGCCGACCGUUCUCAUCGAGAACAAUGAACCCCAACGUGAAGUGAUCGAAAGCCAUCAUUGGAGGGAUGGAUCUUCAAUGCCAGAUGGAAAUGCCACACAUGCAAUCGUAAAUCGUUCGAAGGACAUGAAGCUAAGCUCUAAUCGAGAUAGGCCUGUUCAGAAGCAAGAGCGAGACACGAGUCUCAUGUUCGGGGGAAAGUUCUCUGCUUCAAGCGCUCUAGACAACUUUAUGGCCCUAUACGGAAUGACCGCGAAGCCAAAUGCAAGGGAGAAAAAUGGACCAUUACCAAAGAGACCUCCAGAGCCUCCACUCCCUUCGCCUAUUCGUCCUGUGGAAAAGGCGCGCAACCCACACAAUCUGUCAAAAGCAGGUGCUCAACCGCCCCAGGAAGCAGCACAGAGACCAAUCGACCUGCCACCACUGCCCGAAUCCAUGCCACCUUCAUCGUUCGUCAUCUCGUCUACUCUCUUGCAGCGACGAAGCCUUUCAAGGCAGAUCGAGAGCCUGUAUCCAGAUGCAGAGUUUGUCAGCCGAGACUUCGACUCGCAGUAUGCAGUGAGCAAGGAAGCGGACCUUAUAUUGUCUCCUUCUACGGGCCUGAUAAUAACGACGCUGCAACAAGUGAAGCAGCGAGCUCUUCCAGGCCAGCCAGAUCGCUCACCUGUCAAGGAGCGAAUGAAAGCACUCCAACACAUGUACGAACGCCUCGUGGUCUUGAUCAGUGAAGGGUUGAGCCGAGAGCGGGUAGAGCAGGGCUUUAGUCAGUGUUCGGAUCCCAGAGAUCAAGAAGUCAUAACCGAGUACGAGAGGACUGCUGCACAAUUAGACGGCGAGGUUCUUAUUCGGCAUGUUCCAGGGGGAGAACAGGCCCUUGCACGGUCAAUCGUAGGCGAAAUGGCACAAUUCGGUCUGCCGCAUGGGUCUAAAGACAUUGGUGAUAUCAAGCUCCUCCCAGACCAGACUACUUGGGAACUCUUCCUACGUCGCGCAGGACUCAACGCCUUUGCCGCACAAGUCAUUCUUGCCCUACUCAAGAAUCCUGUUGAUUGGCCGCAAUAUUCGAACGAUACAUCUGGCGCGACGGCUAACAUGAUGCGCACUUGCGGACUACAGACCUUCCUGCUGAUGCCAACCGAGAGCCGCGUGCAAAGCUUCCAGGCGAUACUGGGCAGCAGCAGGAUCUUGAAGAGGGUCAGCGCGUUGCUGGACGAGCCCUGGCUUAGUGCGGCGCAUGGCUUCCAAAUGUAA